UAAUGCAAUAAGUUUUUCAUGUCUCCGUCCGAAAUAAAUCGGAAAUUGUGUUUUGAUUUGCAAAUUGUGCUGAACUGAUACUGUAAUCAACGAAAAAACGAAUCAUGCUGAGUUCCCUGACCGGUAGAGCCUCUGUGCUCUCGAUCGAAUUUGCCCAGACCUUGCUACGAAACACUGCCAUUAGAGCGUCAUCCAGCUGGACCAGCUUCAAUCCGACCGAACAUCAUCUGUUGAAAACGACCACCGCUUCAGCUCUAGUACAACAACAGGCACACUACUCCAACCCAUCCAACACAUUUCCGACAGCAACUGGAACCACGCCAGCGAAUGCUUCUACCGCCGAAGAAGACAAAGGUGGUUUCCUGAAACGGUUCAUCAAAAAGAUGGGCUGGAUCGAUAAUUCCCGCGUCCGACUGCGUGUUUCCAGCUGUGCAUUGUACGAAUCGGUAGCCGAUAACAUCAACUACGGCGAGUUCUUUACCCACUUCAACAUGCCGGACACGUUCAAUACCUGGUUCUUGAUUACGGAGCUGCACGUCUGGAUGUUGUUGGUGCGGGCCAUGGCUGAGGGUGCCGAGAAGGAUGCGGCCGGAAGGUUCCUCCGUAACUGCAUCGUCGAAACCAUGUGGAACGAUGUGACGACCCGGGCGAAGCAACUGUCGGCACACAAUCCCUCGGUGGUCAGACCGCAGAUUCAGAUGCUCUCGGAGCAGUUCCAAGCGGCGCUCAUUUCCUACGACGAAGGCAUCAGCUUCGAUGAUAAGGCACUGGCUUCGGCACUGUGGAGACGAUUCUUCUCCGGACAUUGCAAGGACUACGAAAAGCUGGAACUGCUGGUGAACUACGUGAGGAAGCAGACGGCCAUGCUGGACCAGACAAGCCGCUAUGAUUUCGCUAUAAAGCCAAAGGUAAAGUGGCUGCCCCUGAUUGAGAAACCUUCAGUAUAAUUUAAGAAUUGUGACUAUUUGUAAAUACAAGAAAGUUUGCUUGAAAACAAAA